AUGGCUACCGCAACUGUCCUCGAGAAGGCCAACAUUGGUGUUUACACCAACACCAACCACGACUUGUGGGUCGCCGAAUCGAAACCGACGCUCGAGGAGGUGAAGAGUGGCGAGAGCUUGAAGCCCGGUGAGGUCACAGUUCAGAUUCGCAGUACCGGAAUUUGCGGAUCUGACGUGCAUUUCUGGCAUGCCGGCUGCAUUGGCCCCAUGAUUGUCACGGGAGACCACAUCCUGGGUCACGAGUCGGCCGGUGAAGUGAUCGCAGUUGCCCCCGAUGUCACCCAUCUGAAGCCAGGCGAUCGUGUCGCCGUCGAGCCCAACAUUCCCUGCCACGCUUGCGAGCCUUGCCUGACUGGACGUUACAACGGUUGUGACAAGGUGCUUUUCCUGUCCACUCCUCCCGUAGACGGUUUGCUGCGGCGCUAUGUCAACCACCCAGCUGUCUGGUGCCAUAAGAUCGGCGAUAUGAGCUAUGAGGAUGGCGCUCUGUUGGAACCCCUCAGCGUGUCUCUGGCUGCAAUUGAGCGAAGCGGGCUUCGCUUGGGCGACCCUUGCCCGCGCCGCGGCGCGACACCCAUUGUCAUCACCGAUAUCGACGAGGGAAGACUAGCAUUCGCCAAGUCGUUGGUUCCCGACGUUAUCACCUACAAGGUGCAGACCAACCUGUCCGCCGAGGAUAACGCUCAGGGCAUUAUCGAUGCUUUCAACGAUGGCCAGGGCUCCGCCCCUGAUGCUCUGAAGCCUAAGCUGGCACUGGAGUGCACCGGUGUCGAGAGCAGUGUCGCAUCCGCCAUUUGGAGCGUCAAGUUCGGCGGCAAGGUCUUCGUGAUCGGCGUGGGCAAGAACGAGAUGAAGAUUCCGUUCAUGCGCCUGAGUACCCAAGAGAUCGACCUUCAGUACCAGUACCGCUACUGCAACACCUGGCCCCGCGCCAUUCGCCUCGUGAGGAACGGUGUCAUCAGCUUGAAGAAGCUUGUUACACAUCGCUUCCUCUUGGAGGACGCUCUCAAGGCCUUCGAAACUGCUGCAGACCCCAAGACGGGAGCCAUCAAGGUCCAGAUCAUGAGCAACGAGGAGGAUGUGAAGGCCGCUUCAGCUUGA